AUGCCACAGAUGACGGAGAACAUCUGCAGCGUGCAGGGCGCUGGCAACACCGCGCCGCAGGCGGACAGCCCAUGCCACUCCGUAUCCUCUGCGCUCCCAGCUACCAACGGCCUGGUCUCCAAUGACCUCACCAACUCGUCCUUCUCGGAGCACCCAUUGAGCGAGUCGAGUGGCGGUGUCUUGGCCCAGCCGCAGAUUUCUGGUAACGUUGCUGACUUCCAGAACUUUCUCGAUGAGCCGAGCAAUUGGGAGUGGGCAGUGAAUGCCCUAUCCGUGGAGCCCGGGCACAGCGAUCGCAACAUCUUUGUCUCGAAGCUGCCGCCCACCUUCAAGGAUGCGGAUCUGCAGGAGCUGUUCGAGAACUUUGGCCCCGUGGUGUCGGCCAAGGUGAUGCUGAACGUGAAGACGGGGAUCUCCAAGGAGACCGGCUUUGUGAAGUUCACGAGCUACAAGGACGCACUGCGUGCCCGCGCUUUUUUUCGACUCCGCCUGGCCUCCUCGCCGACCACGCCUGCAAUGCCGGAGGUAGUGACGCAAUGGGCGCAGAACAAGCACGACGGCGGCCUCUACGGCGAGCGAUGCCAGCAGGUGCGCAAGCUGUUCAUCCGAAACGUUCCGGCGCGCAUCACGCAGGCGGAUAUGAGGGUGUUUGUCAGCCAAUUCGGAAACGUGAGUGACGUCUCGGUGCACAGCGAUACAUAUGACGCUCCACCGGCCUCCCCCCCUGGGCGAGGGCGGCGCCUGAAGCAGAUGUCUCCCUCCGAGGGCACCGAAGGGGAGGAGGCAGAGGCGUCGCGCCCAGGCCCUGGGCCGGAGGAGCACGAGACGAUAAUCUGUUUUGUGACCUUUGCGGAGGCCGGGGCAGCGAUGCGGGCGUGCCGCGAGAUCCACAACACAACACCGUUUGAUUCCUGCAACGGGGUGCCGCUGAUGGCCAAGCUGGCGGAGGAUAACAGCUCUCGUCACGCCCGGCGCCACCACGGCGCAUCUGUGGCGAAGGCUGUGCCCGCCUCGUGGGGCGCAUGCGCACCCUUGUGCGACGGCAGCAGCACCUACAGCAGCGCCUACAGCAGCGAGGCACACACGCCCCUCACCUGUACGGUCGGCUAUCACCGCAUCAGCCAUCCGUCUCAGGUGUCGGUGUCACAGCAUCAGCAGCAGCAGUACAGCGCCGCUUCUAACUGCGUCAUGCAGCCACCCCCGCCGCCGACGCUGUCGGCAAGUUACGUGAACACAGACUUGUCGCCUGUGCACCGCAGCCAUCCAUCGACGCCGCAAUACCCUUCGCAGAGUGCACAGCACGCUAGCUUCGGCAUUCCGGCCCCGCGCCGGACUUUUCAGCAGCGCAGCGCCGCCAUGUCCCCAGCGUCGGCUGUGCCGCCAGCAGCGGUCAUCACGCCUUCCUCUCCUUCCAUCCUCUCCACGACGAUGUCGCCCACUGCUCCACAGCAGCCCCACUCGACUCGCACUCGCCACGUGCCGCUGCCGCCGGCGCUCUCCAUGGAAGCGACCGAGAGCGGGUUGGCGAACGUGGCGAUCCCGACCACCACCACGUCCACCCCAAGCUCGCCGCCCCACGCCGCUGACGUCUACGCACACACGCCGCUCCGCAUCGGUAGGGAGACACCUGUGCAGACGCCACGCCGCCGACAAAGCCCCCCAUCUGCGACGCAGAUGGGCAAUUACUUGAGUGAUGCCUACACGGCCGUGCACACUCCGUACACCGGGCAUCAGCACCAGCAGCGGCGCUUGCCCAUGAACCAUGGUGACGUCCAGGGUGCCUACCACGCGAACGGCGACUUCUAUCAGGAGUACAGCUACAGCGACCCGAUGGAGCUGAACAUGCACCCCAUCUCGUCUUCGGCGUCGUCAGAGGCGGUUCACGAGUACGGCAACACUGGCGGCGCUGAGCUGAGUGCCUACCGGGCUUGCGACAACCAGCGCGACGUAGCGCCACUCUGGCAGCGACGCAUGGAGCGCCACAUAGCGACAACAGUGUGUUCAGCCGCCGUGGCGGCCCUUGCCGGGGUGCCACAUCUUUCACCGUGCGCCGCUUACGGUGCGCCGCUGGCAUACGCGAGCGCUGAAGGCGCGCUCUCCAUGGGUGCGGCCAUGCAACCGGAAGUCUGUGAGACUACGUCGUCACCGCAGACGAAGUCUGCGGUGCCCUCGCCGUAUGUGCUAUACCCCCCGGCCGUGGUUGUGAAUAGCGGUAGCCGGACCAAAACCCCGAGAAGCGGUGUGUCGGGGUCAGUGAGGUAUCGCAACAACCCGUACAGCAUGCGCCUCGUCCGCACCGUCGCGCUGGAUUCAUCACCGUGCGUGGACAGCUGA